CCUCGCCCGCCCCCAGCUCCACCCUCUCCGCUCCCUUCCGAGGCGCCGAGGCCAUGGCGACUCGCUGGGCGUCGCUGGGCCUCCGAGCCCCGCUCGCUCGCCCUCCUCCUCCCCGCCGCUCUCGCUUCUUGCUAGCGGCGCCCGGCGGCGUCCGCCUCGGCAGCAGCAGCGCCAGCCCGGGCGCAGGGGCGCUCGCCAGUUCCCUGGUGCGCACCGGAGGCUUCGUGGGAGGCCGCUGGGUGCAAGCGGCGGCCGCCUUCCCCGUGCGGGAUCCGGCCAGCGGCGCGGAGCUGAGCCGGGUGGCGGACUGCGGGGCGGCGGAGGCGCAGGCCGCGGUGAGGGCCGCCUACGAGGCCGGCGCUGCUUGGAGCGGGGCGUCUGCCAAGGAAAGAGCUGCUCUACUUCGUAAAUGGUUUGAUUUGAUGAUAGAGAAUAAAGAUGACCUUGCAAGGAUCAUAACAGCAGAGAAUGGAAAACCCCUGAAGGAAGCACAGGGUGAAAUUCUUUAUUCUGCUUCUUUCUUGGAAUGGUUUGCUGAAGAAGCUCGGCGCAUUUAUGGUGACAUCAUCCCAUCUUCUGCAAAGGAUAGAAGAGUUCUAGUUCUUAAGCAGCCUGUGGGAGUUGCUGCCAUCAUUACUCCUUGGAAUUUUCCAAGUGCUAUGAUUACAAGGAAAGUCGGUGCUGCUUUGGCAGCUGGCUGCACAGUGGUGGUGAAGCCGGCAGAAGAUACACCUUUAUCGGCUUUAGCACUUGCUGAGCUUGCAAAUCAGGCUGGAAUACCUGCAGGAGUUUAUAAUGUUGUUCCCUGUUCUAGACAACAGGCAGUAGCAGUUGGGGAAGUGAUGUGCACUGAUCCUUUGGUAGCCAAGAUCUCUUUUACAGGCUCAACGGCUACAGGAAAGAUAUUGCUGCGCCAUGCUGCUGGCACUGUGAAGAGGGUCUCCAUGGAGCUUGGAGGACACGCUCCAUUCAUAGUGUUUGAUAGUGCUGAUGUAGACAAAGCGGUAGCAGGAGCUUUAGCUUCCAAAUACAGAAAUUCAGGCCAGACCUGUGUGUGUACAAACCGAUUCUUGGUGCAAAAAGGGAUUCACGAUGCAUUCGUGGAAAAGUUUGCACGAGCCAUUAAGUCAGAGCUACGUAUUGGCAAUGGGUUUGAUGAAGGGACAACUCAGGGACCGCUAAUUAAUGAAAAAGCUGUGGAAAAAGUUGAAAAACACAUUAACGAUGCUGUUUCCCAAGGAGCGUCCAUAGUUACAGGAGGAAAAAGGCACAGUUACGGGAAGAAUUUCUUUGAACCGACUCUUCUCAGCAAUGUCACAACACGCAUGUUGUGCACACAAGAGGAGACUUUUGGUCCUUUGGCCCCAGUUAUGAAGUUUGAUACAGAGGAAGAAGCUCUUGCCAUGGCAAAUUCAGCCAACGUGGGCUUAGCAGGUUAUUUCUACUCCCGAGACCCGGCCCAGAUCUGGAGAGUUGCAGAGAAGCUCGAGGUUGGGAUGGUGGGUGUUAAUGAAGGCAUCGUGUCUGCCGUGGAGUGCCCUUUCGGUGGCAUAAAACAAUCUGGGCUGGGAAGAGAAGGUUCAAAAUAUGGUAUUGAUGAAUAUUUGGAAAUAAAGUACAUCUGUUUUGGAGGUUUAUAGUAGCCAUUUGUUAGGAGUCUAACCUAUUCAGAAUGCUUAGAAAACAACCUUUGGGGGCUUUCAUAAGCUUUAGCAAGAUCAUUUGUGAUUUUUCAUUCCCUCUUAAAAUGGAAGUAAUAAUGUUUUUGUAGAAACGUCAUUACUUGUAAACAUGACAAUACAUAUAGAACAACUCUGGUAUUCUGUGUACACAGGUUGUAAGAAUAUAGGUUUAUUUAUAUUACUGUCUUAACCAUAAUGCAGGGACAAAUAAUGUUUCAAUUCCUGAUUGUGUUUCAGAGGAAUUUGGAAAACUUUACUAAUUAAGAUGUAUGAUUUACCUUGAGUGUCUGUUAGGGGGGAUAGAAAUAAAUGAUGGUUUUUGGAGAGUAGCAAAGUAGGGAAAAAGAUACUCAUUUACCCUUUCUCAUGCGCUGAGCCAGGUGUGAAAUAACUGAAUAAUUGUGCCAAAUGUUGACUGUUUCUUUUUCUAAUGUUUAUAUUAGUUUCUGGUUGCCUGUCUUAGGGCUUCUAGGAAAUCUUUUCUAGGGAAAGAUUUAUUGCACUUUUUCGUAUCGUUCUUCAGCUCUUGGCUGGAGCUGAAAAUGGCCUUGAAGGUACCGGUAUAUGCACAGUUCUGACAGAAUCCUUCCUAUUGCCUACAAUAGAACUAGAGCAUCUCUAAGGAGAUACUUGUGAUUUGCUCCUAGCAGCUGAGCCUUGUGACCAAAUUAUCAUGCAUUAGUACAACAGCACAUGAGAUACGAACAUAAACUGUUUUGUGGAAAAACAGAACAUUGUGUCUUGCAAAAGCUGUAAUGCACUGAGACCAACUUGGACCAAUAGCUCCACAAGGAAGUAAUAUUUGAAGCGCCACAGCACACAAGCUCACACCUCCAUAGCCCAUUACACUGCUCUAGAGCUCUGUUUCCUAUAUCUAUUCUUGCCAAGUCAUAUUUCUUCUCUGAAAGACUUGUCUGAUCCUCCAUGGCCCUCCUGCUCAUUCUAGAGAUUACAGAAAGCAAUUACUUGGUACAAGAGAAAAAGCUCAAGACCUGGGAAAAGAGAGGGGCCUGUGUGGGAGGACUUUAGAGCUUCCUCCAUGAACCUAUUUGAGUAACAGUGGCAUACAGCUAGAAUCCCGAAAGUUGUUUAUUUUACCACCACAAGUUAAGACUUUUGCUGGCACAAUAUAAAAGCACUUUUGUGCCCUUCCCGGUGGGGCGUUAAUGUUACCUGCAUGUGCUCCAUCAGGCCUUCCCUGUAUGAGCUGCUUUUACAUUCAAAAGAUAAAAAGAUUUAACAGUUCUGCUUUGCUACUGCUGCAUUAAAUUGAACAUGCAUUUUAUUUACAUUGCAAAACUUCAUUUGACAUUUUGCAAUAUGUUUUUUUUUAAGUGGACAUAGCUAUGCAAUCCCCUUCCCUAUCAAAUCUGCUUGUGAUCCAAAGGGCUGCUUCAGAUGAACCAAAAGGGCUUGGAACAAACAUUUGAGGUCUUCCUUAAGUGGGAAGCUUCUGCCAUUUCACAGACAGUUCUAAGAGACACCACUUGGCUGGAGAAGUAGUUUGUAGUGUAGCCACAAGCAUCUAGCAUUCAGGAGAAACAUAAAUCCAGAUCUCAUUUGGACACACAGAACUAGUUGCUCGUUUCUCCCUAUUUUCAUAUAGGUUCAUUAACUUCUAGAAUUGACACGGGUCAGCUAAGCUUAUUUUGGGUGACUUUGUACUACAAAACAUUGGUUCUGCUGUAUUAUAUUAGGGGUAGGUUAAAUAGUGGCACUAUAGCGACUUCUAAAAAGCACAUUAUGUAGCACUAAUUGCUACUCCUAAAAAAACAACCACAAAAUACAGCCAAGAUGAAGCUUGGUCUGUAAUGCCAGCAAACUGAGUAGUUCCUGAAGAAAUCACUGUGUCAAAUGGGACUGAGGAAGAAUAAUUAAUCUAUAUAAUCUUACAUACUUUUU